AUGUCGAAAUCAAAGAUAAUCGGUGAAUCCGAUCCUUCAUGUUCAUCUAGUCAUCGUUCAACAUUUAAUUUACCACAAUAUGGAAAAAUUGUUAAAUGGAUUCGUCGAAGUUUAUCUGAAUCAUUAUCAUCAGAAUCACAUAUUAAGACAUCAAAUUUAUCAAUAAUGGUUGGUGAAAUAUUUCAAGAUAAUAUUGUUCAUAGUCAUGGUUUACUUGCUCGUGCUAUCAUUCAAUCACAAAUAGUUUCACCAUUUUAUACAUCUGUUUAUGCUGCAUUAGUUUCUGUUAUUAAUAGUAAAUUUCCACAAAUUAGUGAAUGA